UUUAUUUUCUCGUUUCAAAGCUUAAUUUGCGUUUAAUUAUGUAAAUAUAUUUACCUGAUUUGUUAGCGCUGUAUUUGUGUGUUUCAUAACAGGUUUUGCGACGCGUCGCAGUUGUUUCUUUGGCCAAAACGUCCCUGCACCUGUUGCGCCUUGCCAAUUUGUUUCCAGUGCAAACCUGCGUUUGGCCUUUUUUAUGCCCUUUAGUUGUACGUUUCCACUGCCUGAGAACUAAUUGCGUCGAAGUAGAAUCCGCGAAUCGUCACUAAAAUGGGCAACGCAAGUUCCAAGGGUGAAUCCGAUGCUAGUGAACCGCCCCUGGACGGAGGGAAGCUGCACAAGCAGCAGCAUAAGUCCAGCGAUGCCUCUCACAACGGAGUCUCUGACGUGGGCGGCAGUCACAACAGUCUAAAGGUGCAGCAGGCGCAAGGAACGAUGACUAGGUCCGCUUCAGGGGCGGAUGUCACCGAGAAGUAUCUCACACAGUUGGUCCCAGUAGAGAAGCUGGCCGAGAUCCUCAGAGAACAGACGUCAGCAAAACUUGGCAUUAAUGGCAUUGUGGCAGAUGUCUUUGUGUCACAAGUAUUUCCACAGUAUACCGACUUAGGCCAGCGGCUGUUCAACCUUAUGCACUCAAACUCCAAGGCCACCACAAAGCAUCUUGGAGCGGUAGCUUUCCGGCAGCAAUGUGAACGUUUCCUGGGCAUUAUGGACGACACCAAAACACUAGAGUGCUACAUCAAGAUGUACGCCCAAGAAGACAAUCCGGACUUAAUCGACAAGACAGGCGUUACACGGCUACUCCAUAUCUGCUACACUAUUGCCAUGCAGCACUCGGGCAACGCCGUGUUGUGCUCAGCUAUAAAUCGCACGUUCGGGUCGGUAACCAAGUCAAUUUUUCUGUGCCACGACAGUAUGAGUCUGGGCUACGUUUGCCGCUGGUUUGAGCAGAACCUGAUGAGGCUUGUACUAUUGGUUCACAAAUACUGUGUACAUACGUUAUCCACCGCUUAUCGCGGCCUGGAGCAGCAGAACCAAUCUUGCGGCAUCGAGUUACAAACUCCGGUGCUGGAGCAGCGCAAUCCCUUCACGGAUACCACGGACCACAGUGGAGGUGUUGGUCGAGAUCUUGACUCUCUGAUGCCACUCUCGCAAGCCUGGCUGCUGGCUGGAGCUCUACCGCCACUAUACUCCAAACCACAAACUGUCGCUCCACCUGCCACAAAGGGGAACAACAACGUCAGUGCCUCGACAGCUGUACAAAUCUUUAAGGAAAAACUAUCAAUGAUGCCGUCGCAUUGGACCCUUCUGUAUGAUUCCAACGAGCACGGCGUGGGAGCCAAUCGGUUUCUGCACCACGUUCUUGGCUACCGCGGACCAACACUUGUUUUGCUGCACACUAAGGACGAACAGACGUAUUGCGUGGCCUCGCCCAGUGAGUGGAAGGAAACACAUCUAUUUGUGGGAGGCGAGGGCAGCUGUGUUAUCCAGCUGCUGCCCAAGUUUGUGAUACUGGAAAAGAAGCCGAACAUUCUGUACCUUAACACCAGCAUACGCGGUUAUCCGAAGGGAUUACGCGCCGGCGCCGAUCCGCGCAAGCCUAUUAUAUCAGUUGAUGAACAUUUCGAGAAUGUUGACUGCAAGGGCUUGGCGGCGGGACUUAUGUCAAUAGAGGUGUGGGGCUGCGGCGAUAAAACAUCACGCGAAGUGCAAUUGGACAUCAAGAAGUGGCAGAUCAAGGAGGCCGAGCGACAGCGAACCGUGAAGCUCACGGCGGCCGACUGGAUGGACCAUCCGGAUCGAUAUCUUCUUGAGCUGGGUGGCAGGCAGAACUACAACAAUUGAUCGGAGCAGCUGCGUGUUUACAUAUGUAUGCUAAAAGCAAUAGGUAUGCCUUCCGUUUUGGUGGCAUGCCACGUCGAAAUGUACUGGGAUUCGUUACAAUUAUGCGCACGCAGCACGAGAAGUAAUCACUGGACUGAAUUUGUUUUUUAAUUGAUGUUGAUUGAUAUUCGGUUUACUUGUUUUCUUUCUACUAUCAACGUUUAGUAUUCGAUUUGAUGUAUGUUCGUAACGUGAAUUCCGUGAAUGCCUUUAAAUGUACUUCGGUCUACUCUGUAUCUAUGUCUCAGACAUUGUCUCUGUUUUCGUCAAUUUUUAUUUAACGUUUUCUGUUUUGUUCUGUCUUUUUGUUUAAAUGUAAAAAAAUCAAGUAUUAUGAAAAGACAUAGGAAUCGAAGUGCUUAACAAAUAUUUCAAUAAAUGUUACAAAUUAAA